GCCAUACCUCUUCUCUCCCGCGCCGCCACCCGCGCACUACUCCCGCCGCCGCCGCCGUCUCCGUCGCCAAACGCCCGGCUGCCACCAUGGGGCGUAUGCACAGCCGCGGGAAGGGUAUCUCGUCGUCGGCGCUGCCGUACAAGAGGACUCCACCCAGCUGGCUCAAGACCGCCGCCUCCGAUGUGGAGGAGAUGAUCAUGAAGGCCGCGAAGAAGGGUCAGAUGCCGUCGCAGAUCGGCGUGGUGCUCCGUGACCAGCACGGUAUCCCCCUCGUCAAGAGCGUCACUGGCAGCAAGAUCCUCCGCAUCCUCAAGGCCCAUGGGCUUGCGCCGGAGAUACCUGAGGAUCUGUACUUCCUAAUCAAGAAGGCUGUGGCUAUUAGGAAGCAUUUGGAGAGGAACAGGAAGGACAAGGACUCCAAGUUUAGGCUCAUUCUUGUUGAGAGCAGGAUCCACCGCCUCGCUCGCUACUACAAGCGCACCAAGAAGCUCCCACCCACCUGGAAAUAUGAGUCAACCACAGCCAGCACUCUGGUGGCCUAGAGGCUAUAGAGCUCUGCUUCGGGUUUGCUCCUUGCAGCUUCAAGCUUAGCUUGUUCUAGGAAUGGAUUUAUGUAGCGCAUUAUGAGUCUGGAGACUAGCGGGAGCUGCUAAAUUCCCGUUGUCUGGAGAAUGCCAUAAAACCCUUAUGCAUUCGCUAUUCUGAACGCUAAACUUCUAUUAAUGUGCAUCGAGAUUUUGUUUGUUAUAAUUAUUCUGUACUCU